GGCCGCUUAUCUCUUCUCUCCUGCAGGACCCUACCUGUUCCUCGCUUGAGCGCUGCACGCAGUCUCUGGCCAUCCCCUGCACUGUGUCCGCAGUCUCUGGCCAUCCCCUGCACUGUGUCCGCAGUCUCUGGCCAUCCCCUGCACUGUGUCCGCAGUCUCUGGCCAUCCCCUGCACUGUGUCCGCAGUCUCUGGCCAUCCCCUGCACUGUGUCCGCAGUCUCUGGCCAUCCCCUGCACUGUGUCCGCAGUCUCUGGCCAUCCCCUGCACUGUGUCCGCAGUCUCUGGCCAUCCCCUGCACUGUGUCCGCAGUCUCUGGCCAUCCCCUGCACUGUGUCCGCAGUCUCUGGCCAUCCCCUGCA